AUGACCAUGGAAAAGCCAUUUGAUGUCUUUCAGCCUCCAUUUUCUGACGUGCAAAAUGCCUCCCAGUUCUGUAGUGAGAACUGGGGACCUGGCAUGGGGUCCCUCCCAAACACCCUUCCCAACCACCGGGUCCAGGCCAGCGCCCGGGGCCUCCAGGUCACUCCGCAGUCACGCGCCGCCGCAGCUGCGCCAUCUAUUCACCCAGCUUCCUGCCCCAGGAAAGCCCCUCGAGGUGUGCCGCCCCGCACCUCGCACAGCGCCAGGCACUGGAGCACCGAGGACGCGUUCCUCCCACCCAGGACGGGCCGGCCCACGUGGGACCGGACGUGCAGCGCGCCCCCUCGUUUCCCUGCGCUGGAAACGGUCCUGCGAUCCGCGCGGCGCCGCCGAAGAGCUCUCCUGGUGGACCGCGACACGGAGGCGUGGCAGCGGGACCCCGCCUUCUCGGGUCUGCAGAGGGUCGGCGGCGUGGACGUGUCCUUCGUGAAAGGGGACAGCGUCAGCGCCUGUGCCUCCCUGGUGGUGCUCAGCUUCCCCGAGCUCGAGGUGGUGUAUGAAGAGAGCCGAAUGGUCAGCCUGACGGCCCCCUACGUGGCAGGCUUCCUGGCCUUCCGAGAGGUGCCCUUCCUGUUGGAUUUGGUGCAGCGACUACAGGAGAAGGAGCCAGACCUCAUGCCUCAGGUCCUUCUUGUGGAUGGAAAUGGGGUGCUUCACCACCGAGGCUUUGGGGUGGCCUGCCACCUUGGCGUCCUCACAGAGCUGCCCUGCAUUGGGGUGGCCAAGAAACUCCUGCAGGUGGAUGGGCUGGAGAACAAUGCCCUGCACAAGGAGAAGAUCCGGCUCCUGCAGGCUGGAGGAGAUACAUUUCCUCUGAUGGGAGGCUCUGGAACUGUCCUGGGAAUGGCCCUGAAGAGCCACAGCCACAGCACCAAGCCUCUCUACAUCUCCGUGGGCCACAAGAUAAGCCUGGAGGCAGCCGUGCGCCUGACCCAAUGCUGCUGCAGGUUCCGGAUCCCAGAGCCUGUGCGCCAGGCUGACAUCCGCUCUCGAGAACACAUUCGCAGGACUCUGGGACACCUCAGGCCAUCUGAACCAGGGCACGCGAGGGGUCAGAAGGCACAUUGUCCAAAGGCAUGCCCCAAAGGGGGUCCAGGAGAGCCUACAGACCCCUCAGGACCACAGUAGAGGCCCCAGCACAGACUUGGAGGCUCCCAGGAGCAGCAGAGCCAGGACUGGAGUGGAGGAGAUGGGGUGCCGUGAGCACUCGGGCUGCUGGCUUCCCACUCCCGCCUCAGGACAGUAGCUGUGGGGACCUCACCUAACCACAGGUAUGGGCCCAGGCCCUGGACACACACCCUGGAACAGCCAGCUGAUGGCCAAGCACAGCCCAGCUUGGUCAAUGACAGCCCACUCUCUCCAGCACUGGCUGGUGGGUGUGGCCACAAUACCCAAAUAGGACAGACCUUCCCAGGGUCAGUCCCAAACCAGAAAGUGCCUACGAUUGUCCUCCUAGAGCACAGGGGGAGGAUUUGGGUUCCCGUGUCCAUUGGCCUAGGCUGUGCCAGCACCCUGGCUCUCCUGCCCCGUCCACUCCUCUGAAUACCCUCCAGCCAUCGUGGGCCACAGAGGGGAUCCACACUGGUGUGGCCAUGCUUCAGCUCCCACAAGUGUCCUCACUCUGAAUCGAAGCCAAGGGUGGGCACAGGCACCCAGGGUUUCAGAGGAUUCCAAACAGGAAGCCAGUUGAGGCCCAUGCACACCUCUGGAGAGCCAGGAUGCUCUUGCCAUCCCCACCCAAAGGCAUAGCCUCAAGCCCCAUCUCCACUGUGGGAAGGCAGCUCAUUCCCAGACCCAUCUGGCCACUUCCUCUCUUGGCAUGGGCUUGGAGUGGCAACUGAGAGGAAGGGCACAGUGGGUGGCACCUGGAGCCUGCCUCAUCCCGGUCUUUCAUGUGCCAGUUUGCUCCCAGACUCCAGGCUCCCAGAGUGGAGAGGACAGGGUGGAGGGCUGGCUGCCAGAUCCCGUGGGUCCCUUUCCCUAGUUCCAGAUCAGGUUGGAGGAAGGUGGCCAGCAAUGGAGAAGAAGAGGCGGGGGGUUGUCCUUAAAGAAAUGGAGGAUGGUGGGACAUCAUGACCCUGAAACACCCCUGUCUAUUCCCAAGCCAUGUUACGUCCAGACCAGAAUGUCCAGGUAAAUGCCAUCCUGAGGGACACUGACUCUCAUACUUGGUACAUGGGCAGACUAGCGUUAUCAGUAAGAGCUGCCUUCCUGCACACACACCAGGCCUGCUGCUGCUUGGGAUGCUGAUCUUCAAUGGAGCACUCUAAUGAUGUCACUUCCAUGGCCUGAUUGGCAAACCCCCCUCCCUGGGUGACUGCCCUGGUGUUGGGGGCACCAUGGAGAUGACAAGUUCCUCUUGUCCAGCCAGCUACCAUUGGACAAGGUGUGGAAAGAGAUGGAGACACAGGAGGUUCACUGUGAGGGACAGGUACCGCCUGUCCAGCCUGCUGCCUUGGGCUUUCCCCAUGAGCAGCUUUCAAUAGACUGAUGUCACUAGGUGCAGUGGCACAUACCUGUAAUCCCAGUGGCUCGGGAGGCUGGGAUGGGAGAGUUCAAAGUCAGCCUCAGCAAAAGUGUGGUGCUAAGCAAGACAGUGAGACCGUGUCCCUAAAAAAAAAUAUUAAAUAGGGCUGGGGAUGUGGCUCAAUGGUAAAACACCCCUGGGUUAAAUCCCUGGUACCAAAAUAAAAAUUAAAAAAUACA